AUCCCAAAGCCCGGAAACGUAACGCUCAGCUCUCACGAGAGCGACGUGUCCGGAAGCUCCACGUCGGAGGGUGCGGGCUGCCGGGCCUGGGACAGCUCAGCCUCGGGGAGCUGCGGGGUAACGCUGCGCCAUGCCUCUCCGUCUUGAUAUCAAGCGGAAGCUGACAGCCCGCUCUGACCGGGUGAAAAGUGUGGACCUGCACCCCACAGAGCCAUGGAUGUUAGCAAGUCUCUACAAUGGCAGCGUCUGCGUUUGGAACCAUGAAACACAGACUUUGGUGAAGACUUUUGAAGUGUGUGAUCUGCCAGUGAGAGCUGCCAAAUUUGUGGCAAGGAAGAACUGGGUUGUUACAGGAGCUGAUGACAUGCAAAUUAGAGUUUUUAAUUACAACACCCUGGAAAGAGUGCACAUGUUUGAAGCACAUUCAGAUUACAUUCGUUGUAUUGCUGUCCAUCCCACGCAGCCUUUCAUACUGACAAGCAGCGAUGACAUGCUUAUUAAACUGUGGGACUGGGAUAAGAAAUGGUCUUGUUCUCAAGUGUUUGAAGGACAUACCCAUUACGUCAUGCAGAUCGUCAUAAACCCAAAAGAUAAUAAUCAGUUUGCCAGUGCCUCUUUGGAUAGGACAAUCAAGGUGUGGCAGCUUGGCUCCUCUUCACCCAACUUUACUCUGGAAGGCCAUGAGAAAGGGGUGAACUGCAUUGACUACUACAGUGGAGGAGACAAGCCGUAUCUCAUCUCAGGGGCAGAUGACCGGCUGGUUAAGAUCUGGGACUACCAGAAUAAAACAUGUGUACAGACACUGGAAGGACAUGCUCAAAACGUGUCUUGUGUCAGCUUCCAUCCUGAACUGCCUAUCAUAAUCACAGGCUCAGAAGAUGGAACUGUGCGCAUUUGGCACUCGAGCACCUACCGCCUGGAGAGUACACUCAACUAUGGGAUGGAGAGAGUGUGGUGUGUGGCCAGUUUGAGAGGAUCCAAUAACGUGGCUUUGGGCUAUGAUGAAGGCAGCAUCAUUGUUAAGCUUGGCCGUGAAGAACCAGCCAUGUCCAUGGAUGCAAAUGGAAAAAUUAUCUGGGCCAAACAUUCAGAAGUCCAGCAGGCCAACUUGAAAGCUAUGGGAGAUGCUGAAAUUAAAGAUGGAGAAAGAUUGCCACUGGCUGUGAAGGAUAUGGGGAGCUGUGAAAUAUAUCCUCAAACAAUUCAGCACAACCCUAAUGGACGGUUUGUUGUAGUGUGUGGUGAUGGCGAAUAUAUCAUUUACACAGCUAUGGCUUUGAGGAACAAGAGUUUUGGUUCUGCACAGGAGUUCGUGUGGGCACAUGAUUCGUCAGAGUACGCAAUCAGAGAGAGCAACAGCGUUGUGAAGAUAUUUAAAAACUUCAAGGAGAAGAAAUCGUUCAAACCUGAUUUUGGAGCGGAAGGCAUCUACGGUGGCUUCCUGUUGGGAGUGAGAUCUGUAAAUGGUUUGGCAUUCUAUGAUUGGGAAAACACGGAACUGAUCCGCAGAAUUGAAAUUCAGCCCAAACAUAUUUUCUGGUCUGACUCGGGUGAGCUUGUCUGCAUUGCUACAGAAGAGUCAUUCUUCAUCCUGAAAUAUCUAUCAGAAAAAGUUGCAUCUGCCCAGGAAACGCAUGAAGGAGUCACUGAAGAUGGAAUUGAAGAUGCAUUUGAGGUUCUUGGUGAGAUUCAGGAGAUUGUGAAAACAGGUUUGUGGGUUGGCGACUGCUUUAUUUACACAAGCUCUGUGAACAGACUCAACUACUACGUUGGAGGAGAAAUUGUCACGAUUGCCCAUUUAGACAGGACGAUGUAUCUUUUGGGGUAUAUUCCUAAGGACAACCGACUUUAUUUGGGUGAUAAAGAGCUAAACAUUGUUAGCUACUCUUUGCUGGUCUCAGUGCUUGAAUAUCAAACUGCUGUGAUGAGAAGAGACUUCGGUAUGGCUGACAAAGUUCUCCCCACGAUUCCAAAAGAACAGAGAACCAGAGUUGCGCAUUUUCUUGAAAAACAGGGCUUCAAACAGCAAGCUCUUGCAGUAUCGACAGAUCCAGAGCAUCGUUUUGAACUUGCUCUUCAGCUGGGAGAACUAAAAAUUGCUUAUCAGCUUGCAGUAGAAGCAGAGUCAGAACAGAAAUGGAAGCAACUUGCUGAACUUGCCAUUAGUAAAUGCCAGUUUGGCCUAGCCCAGGAAUGCCUGCACCAUGCACAAGACUAUGGAGGGCUGCUGCUACUGGCUACAGCCUCAGGAAACGCCAACAUGGUGAAUAAAUUAGCUGAAGGAGCAGAGAAAGAUGGCAAGAACAACGUCGCAUUUAUGAGUUACUUCCUGCAGGGAAAGCUUGACUCAUGUUUGGAACUCCUGAUUAAAACUGGACGUCUCCCAGAAGCUGCAUUUCUUGCACGGACCUAUUUGCCAAGCCAAGUUUCAAGGGUUGUUAAACUGUGGCGGGAGAGUCUCUCUAAAGUGAACCAGAAAGCUGCUGAAUCCCUCGCUGAUCCUACAGAAUAUGAGAAUCUUUUCCCUGGGUUAAAGGAAGCUUUUGUUGCUGAAGAAUACGUUAAACAAAGUCUUGCUGACCUGCGGGCAGCCAGGGAAUACCCCCUUGUCACUCCAAAUGAAGAAAGAAACUUACUUGAAGAAGCAAAAGGCUUUGAGCCAUCAGGAGUAAUGGCAUCUCAGAAGAAGACAGAAGAAGCGGUUCCAUCUGCUAAACCAGAAGUGAUGAAUACAGCACUGCAGAAUUCUGAUCUGCUUCCACCACGAGAUCAAAAGACACUUCUGGAUCUGGAAGAUGACCUUGAUAACUUAGACCUGGAGGAUAUUGAUACCACAGAUAUCAAUCUGGAUGAAGAGAUCUUAGAUGACUGAACGGAGUUCAAGGUACCACACCAUGCCUCCGAAGUGCCUUGUUGAACGGAGCAGAUCAUAUUUUCCAUGUUUCUCAAUGUCCUCGUACGUUCGAUGAUGAACCUAGACACAGGAUUCAGUUUCAAUAGCAUAGGCAGAGCUUCGUGACAGUUCCUCCUCUCUACCUUUCACAUCGAUUUUUUUACACCAUUUUUAGGCCUCCAUAAACUGUUGCAGUAAGCCACAAACUCAACUGUGCUACUUGAAAGCUUUACACCUGUUCUAAUUUGGGGCAACACUGGGAAAAUCCAGUUCUUAGAAUUCAUACAUUGAUGUGUGUUAAGAGAAAACUAAACGCUACCCACAUACUGGAAAAUUUGGGAGAGAUCGAUAUAUUCAUCAGUACUUAAGGUUAAUGAAUUGAAAUGCUUCAGCUGGAAGUGUAUUUUUGUACCUGCUUUUUGUCACAAACACCAGCUUAUUUUGUGCAUGGUGCUCUCAGGUGCAUCAGUUACUACCUGGCCUUUACAAAUCCUAGCAUAGUAGUCAAGACAACGCAAGCAGCGCAACUCCAGCUGUGGCCAGUUACAGUUAUGAGCAGCAAUUCCAGUUUGAUACCAGAGACUAUUUUCUGUAUCUGUAUUCUUUCUAUAUGGUUGGAAAAUGUUUAGUAUUUAUUUUUCUGGAAAAAAUAUAGGAAGCUUAUCACAAAGAUCAAACAUAAUCCAUGGAAGUGGAGGGGAAGAGCACACCUGAGCAACUCUGAUCUGCAGACAAUAUUUAUGCCUAUAAAAUAAACCCUGAAAGUU